AUGGGCGUUAUAAUAGACAUUGGAUAUGAUCCAAAAACAUCCAUAGAUACAAAAAAUCGUAAUUAUAUUAAAUAUGAAUAUAGUAAAAAUGGUAAGGGCUCUGUUGAGGUCACAGAACAUAGGAAUAUUGACACUCUUCCAGGAUAUAAAAAAUGCGUGCAUAAACCAAAGCAUGGAGCCCAAAUUGGAGAAGUUUUUAGGGGAGAAGUUAGGCAGAAUGGAUUAGAAAAAUCUUAUGAUAGCGAUUCAAUAACAGUCUAUUUCUGGGAGCUUGAUCGGAAAUAUAUGAGUCCUCUACUCCUUCAGCUUGGAGAUGAAUACUAUAAAACUUACGAUGCAUAA